UAUUCCCCAAAAAAUGGAAACUUAAUCGUCAUCUUAAAAAUCGAAAAUUUCCUUGUAAAUCAAAACAAAUACCUGAAGAAGAACAAGUAUCUAUAACGGAAAUAUUACCUGAAGAAGAACAAACACCUAUAACGGAAAUAUUACCUGAAGAAGAACAUAACGGAAAUGGUACGGUUAAAAAUUUUCAUAACGCAUUAGAUACAUUCAUACAACUUAAUAGAGAAGGUAAAAAACAAUUUCUAGAAGAACAACGAAUGGAAUUAGAAGAGAGAAAUUUUCUAAUAGAUUUAGGAUUAUUAGAAGACCCCAACGAAUCAGAGGAUUUUUGGCCAGAAUUAGGCGGAAAUCUUUUAACAGAUAAGGCAAAGGGUAAAAAAUUUCGAUCAGAAUAUCGGGAUGAAGGCUUAUAUCCAGAAAUAGAAGAACCACCUGAAAAUUUAAUUUUCGAAGAAUGUAUAGCGGGAGAUCCAGAAAGACCUCAUCAAAACAUUUCUUCAUUAAGUAAAUGGCAGGCAAUUGUCCCAUCAGAAAUAAACCCAGAAUACACUUUUAACCAAAAAAUAGAAGAUCCUGAAGAAUAUGCGGAAAUUCCAUAUAUGCCUCAACUUAUGUCAGCAUCUCGUAAGCAAAUUACUAAAGUUCUUAAAGCAGAACUACGAAGAAAGGAUCAGUUAAAAUCUGCAAUAAUAGUAUAUUGCAAUUAUUCAAGAAGGGAAAAAAAAGAUGGAAAAUUAUCAAGCCCGAUAUACCUACAACAUUAUCACAGAGGAGAAAUGAGAUCAAUUCUUUCAGAAAAUGAUAUAGAAGAUCAUAUAUCACUUACCGCUAAGGAAAUCGAUAAAAAAAUCGAGGGUCAUAUUAAAUCCGGAUCUGGAUGGACUCUUAUCCGAAUUGAAAUGAUAUUUAUCGAAGCUUAUACCUUACGCCGAGCAUCAGGAGGAUCAUAUAUACCGACACCAAAGAAACUUUCUGUAUCAAAAUGUACUAUAAAUCCAGAUAAUUCUUUAACUAAAGAUGAUAAAUGUUUAGAAUACGCCUGUGAAUGUUAUUUUGCAAAUAAAGAGGGGGUUACAAAGAAUUUACAACGUAUUUCAGUUCUUAGACAAUUUUCAAAUAGAAUAAAUUUAGAUGGAAUACCAAUGCCUACACCAAUAUGUUCACGAAUCAUUCAAAAAAUCGAAGAAAAAAAUCCAUUAAUUUCUAUUAUUGUAUGGGGGUGGAACGAGGAAUCCGCAACACCAAAAGUUGUAAUACCAAGUAAAAAUUUAUAUAUUUCAAAUUCAUGCAAAAAUGAGAGAUGUAAACAUCCUAGACCUAAUGAAUGCCAUGAAAAAAGACCACACGUUAUCCACCUUAUGGCUCUUACUGAAAUUAAAAAGUUUGAAACAUAUAACGAUUUAGAAGAAAUUAAGGAACCAAUGAUAAAGGUAGAUAAAGAAGGUAAAUUUGGACAGAAAGUUCAUUUCUUAUGGAUUAAAAAUCCGGAUAAAUUAGUAUUCAAAGAUACAAAACAUAAUUCUAAAAGGUAUCUUUGUUAUAAAUGUUUACAAAGCUUUCAAACAAUAACUGGACGUGAUAAUCAUAUAGACCAUUGUAAUGGAAUAGAUAAUACUCCACAAAAAAUAUUAAUGCCAGUAAAAGAUAAAACCGACAUCGAAAAAUUCAAGAAUUAUGCUAGAAUGAUUUAUGCCCCUUGUAUAAUUACUGCAGACUUUGAAUGUGAUAAUAUUAAAAAGAAUGAAAACUAUGGCAGAAAAAUGUAUAAACUAGCAGAACAAAAUGCUAAUAGUUUUGCAUAUUCAAUUCAUUGGAUAGAUACUGGAGAAACUUGGGGACCGUUUAUUUAUCGUGGUCCUAAUGCCACAGAAGAAUUUGUAAGAAAAAUGGAUUAUGAGCUUAAACAAAUAAAUGAGGUACUUGCAAUUAAAAAGGAUAAAAUUGUAAAUGAUGAAGAUCAAAAAAAAUUCGAUAAAGCGGAUAAAUGCUGGAUUUGCAAUGAAGUUUUUAGAAUAGAUAAAGAAAAAAUAAUCCAAUUAGAAAACAAACGCAAAUUUCUUGAUAACAAAUUAUUGGAACUGAGGAAGAAAAAAGAAGAUACUUCAACAUUAGUGUUUGAAUUUGAAAAAAUUGACGAAAAUAUUAAAACAGAACGUGGUAAAGGAAUAAAGGUUUGGGAUCAUUGCCAUAUAACUGGAAAAUUCCGUGGAUCAGCACAUAGUGAUUGUAAUUUACAACUUCAAAUUAAACCAUGGAAGACGCCAAUUCCAAUAAUAAUACAUAACUUCCGAGGCUACGAUUCACAUGUUAUUUGUCAAUCUGUAGCUAAAUCAGUUAGUGCUCAUCAAAUAAGAGUAAUUGCGGAAACUUUUGAACAAUAUAAAUCAAUGAAGGUAGGACAAUUAAAAUAUAUCGAUUCAAUGCAAUUUAUGAAUUCUAGUUUAGCAAGUCUUUCAGAUAAUUUAGGUGCAAUAAAAUGUAAAGAUGUGUUAUGUUCACAUUUUCAUCGAUUAGAUAAAGAACAAUGUUUUGGAACAAUUGAAAAUCAUAAAAUAUCUUCAAAGCAUUUCAAAAAUUAUACAGAAGAACAAAUUGCAUUAGUAUGCCGUAAGGGUAUUUAUCCUUAUGAAUAUAUUGAUUCACAUAAUAGAUUUUUAGAAACAGAACUUCCUCCAUUAUAUGAAUUUAACGGCAAGCUUGGUAAAAAAAUAACACAGGAAGAAUAUGAAAGAGCUCAAAAAGUUUGGAAAACAUUUGGAUGUAAAAAUUUAGGAGAUUAUCAUGAUUUGUAUUUAAAAACAGAUGUACUUCAACUUACCGAUAUAUGGACCAAAUUUAGAGAAACAUCUAUGAAAUAUUACAAACUUGAUCCUAGUCAUUAUGUAUCGGCUCCAUCAUUAGCCUGGGAUGCAAUGUUAAAAAUGUCGGGGGUUGAAAUUGAGCUAUUUUCCGAUAUAUCAAUGCAUGAUUUUAUUGAAAAAGCUAAGAGAGGCGGUAUUGCAAUGGCUGGUCAUCGAUAUUUCAAGGCUAAUAAUGAAAAAGUUGGAGAUGAAUACGAUCCAUCAAAACCAAAAACUUGGAUAUUAUAUGUAGAUGCUACUAAUUUAUAUGGUUGGGCGAUGAGUCAAUUUCUACCUAUUAAAAAUUAUAAAUGGGAAAAGCGUAGAGCACAUUUAAAGGAUAAUCCAGAAUUGCAAAAGGAAUGUCUUAAUACAAUACUUAAUACAAAAAACGAUUCACCUAAAGGAUAUUUCCUAAAUAUUAAAGCCCAUUUUCCUAAGAAUACACACGAUUUUCUUAAUGAGUUACCACCAGCCGUUGAAAAUAUUGCUGUAAAACGUGAUUGGCUUAGUCCUUUUAAUAAAGAGCAAGUAAAAAAUUUAGAUGGUGGCCAUUAUUCUGAAAUAGAAAAAUUAGUACCUCAUCUUGGUUCUAGAGAUAAUUAUGUUAUUCAUUAUCAAGAACUUAAAUAUUAUGUUAAAUUAGGUAUGGUAGUGGAUGAUGUUUAUGAAAUUUUAUCAUUUAAUCAAACUAAUUGGCUUGCAUCAUAUAUUAAGCUUAAUACUAACUUACGCCAAAAUGCUACUAAUGAUUUUGAAAAAAACUUCUUCAAACUUAUGAAUAAUGCGGUAUAUGGUAAGACAAUGGAAAAUGUUCGAAAAUAUCAAGAUGUAAAACUUAUGCCAAUGCGUAAUAAUGAUGAUGAUGAGAAAAAAUUUCAAAAAAAAAUAAAUAAACCGUCAUUCAAAUAUGCUAGACAAUUAUCUGAAAACUUGAUUGGUGUACAUAUGGGUAAGCAAACUAUAACUCUUAAUAAACCGAUAAUUGUUGGAGCAUCAGUUCUAGGGCUUAGUAAGUUACAUAUGUAUCGGUUCUGGUAUGGAUAUAUAAAAGAAAAAUAUGGUGAUAAGGCUAAACUUGGUUAUAUGGAUACCGAUUCAUUUAUUAUUUUAAUUGAAACUGAUAAUGUAUAUAAAAACAUGGCAGAAAGGCCAGAUAUAUUUGAUCUUGAUGAUUCUAAAGUUCCUGGAUUAUUCAAAGAUGAAUGUCCUAACAAUGUGGUUAAAGAAUCUAUUCAUAUUCGAUCUAAGCUAUAUCAUUAUGUUUUAUCAGAUAAAACCACAAAAUCGGUUCAUAAGGGGGUAAGUAAAAACGGUAUGAAUGAAAUGGCUACUAAUACAUAUUUCCCAUCAUUAGGAAAAUCUUUAUUAGAUGAUCCAAUACCGGCAAAUGAAAUAAUAGAUCCAAUGACUCUAGUAUAUCGGAAUUGUCUAUUUAACAAUGAGGUGUUCUAUGCAAAGAAUGUUGGUAUACGUUCAAAAAAUCAUAUUUUAUCCCUAGUAGAAUCCGAAAAAAAAGCAUUAGCCCCUAUCAAUGAUAAACAAUGGGUUUUAUCUGAUAGAAUAUCUAGAUUAUCAUAUUUCCAUUGGAGAACAGAAGCUUACGAAAUACUAUGUAAUAAAGGAAUACCUCCUAAAGAAGCGGAAAAAAUGGCAAUGGAUGCAGUGCUUAAACCAGAAUAUCAAUAA